AUGACCAGUCGCGUCACUCGUCCGCAUGGCAACUCGGGCGUCGUGAAAUCAAAAUUCAGCUCUAACCUUCCACCACGGGCGUUCGGUGCUAGCGUGCGCAUCACUCCAGACCAUGGUAUUGCGUUAAGCACUCCCCCAGAUGUCAAGGCACCCAUCGACGACCAGAGCAGCGCGAAACCGCUCGGGUGGUAUAAGACCAUGAUCGACAUGUCCUCUCUGUCCAUGCGCGCGUGGGCUGAGCUAUCUGACAGUUGGGGAACUCUCAGUCUGGGCUCGUUAGACGUCGCCGUCCAAGCAGUGACGUGUUCUCCGAGUGGACUGUCCAGUCAUGGGCGAUGUGUCCUCGCGGUACUCAAUACGAAUAUGGAGGUUACGCUCUGGGAGGGAACAAAGAAUCACUUAAGGGGAGAAUGGAAUAUGAUCGAACACGUCACUGACCAUCUCGUCGAUACUGUCACAUUCAACGGGACUAACCACGAAGAGGGUGUGACUCGUCAAGAGGAGGUAUCGCAUGGUCUGCUCAACCUGAUUUCGGGAUAUCCCCUUCUCUGCUACUGGAUGCCUCCCUCCUUGCAAUGGGAAAUCGAGAUUGGAGAUAUGCGAAGCGGUGGAUCACGCAAUUGGCGUGGUCUAAGUGGGUCGCAUCGGGUGCUAACAAAUGUCAGGGAUGCUUCCAAUUCAUGCAUACACGUGCGCACUGUGCUGACCGACAAUGAGACAGGCACUACGAUCCUCGCGUACGCUAUGUCCGAUGGCGGAAUCGGCUUGCUUCAAGUGUCUCAGACACUCGAAGCUGCAGUCCCACUCGACGCUUUUGUAGACGACUACAACGUCGAGCGGCAUGUACGCGUUGAUGUGGAGCAACUUCGGGAGUUUGCAGUACCGCCUGAUAAGAGGGGAAUAACUGCUAUGAAAUGGGUGGAUGUUCCGGGUCGGAAUCCGAUUCUCGUGGCGAAGCAAAGCUGGGACCAUUCACCUUUAUUCCCUUCCUCCCUCCCCCUUCCCACCUAUGCACUCGCCAACCCAUUGGUACGGGUCAAGAAGUCUCUUGAUCCAGAUACAACGAUCGUCAGCCGGAUCGUCCUCUUUGACUCCCGUUUCGGGGUUAUUCUACGCGAGAGAUCGAGAUGCCCUCCUUCUCUCUCUCGCGGAUGGUCUCAACAUCCUCAUUACCAUCUUCGUCCACUACGGCGAUGGUCAUCGAUGAAGGAGAGCAGGGAGACAGGCUCAACUAGCGGAAAUACUACCACUGCAAACAUGGGAAGCGGAAACACGCCAACUGUUAAGGACACGACGAUCACGAGAACCUCGGACAUGCCAAUCACAUCUGGAAUCCUCACAAAAGUCUUCCCGUUCCUUUUUCGUCCGCGCACACCAACAUACCAGCCCUGGAGGCUUAAGAUCGAUGGGUUUGUUCCGUAUGACUCGUGUGGAACGGUGGCGUGGAUAUAUGAGGUAUCGAGACCGACCGAUUUCAGCUACAAGCAUGAAGCGAAACAUUCCUGCGUCUUGUUGGUCACGCCAUUCUGGUCGGCCGAUGACCAUUGGGUGAUGAAGAUGGUCGAGGAGAAGAUGGAUAAAACCGGAAAUGGCAUGCGGUGCGCGACGAGGGUGGCACCGGUGCACCUCCUGCGGGGAAUAUUUUUGCAGUUGGCAGAUACAACCCGUUUCGAGCGGCUAUGUCGGGCUUUGUUGAACAUUUUGGAUCGCGAUGUACAAGAAGAUCCGAGUACAGCCGUCAUCAUCCCUGAAUGGACGAAAUCCUAUAGCGAAGAUAUCAAAAUCCAUCUAAGAAAAAGUCUCGCAACUCAUUUCUUUGGUUGGGGGAGUCUUUUGAGAAUCAGGAUGAAGUUGGCUUUGGCGGAUGGAUGUUGGAAACUAUGCCAAGACGCCGAGAUGCGCAAUGAAUGUGGACGGGUUGCCUGCGCCCAACUAGCUGCAAUAUCUCAUCGUGUUCUACGAAUUCUUGUCCGUCAUCUUACGGCCAUUGUCACGACUCUAAGUCCGGUGGACGUACCAUAUGUGUUGCGCGUCGUCGUGCAGUCACUUCUUCCUGGAUCGCCCUUAGAUCUGUCGAGCGAAGCCCAAGCAUUGUCCGACAAGGUUAAUGCGAUGACCGCAAUAGAACCGGGAGGAAUAGGAUUGCAUGAAAUAUGUCCCGCCUGCCGCGUCGAGGUGCCGUUGCAGGACAUCACACAAGCGACAUGUCUCAAGGGACAUACGUGGACCCGUUGUUCGGUAACGUCCUUCAUACUAUCCACUGCGAUGGUGAGAACGUGUAUCGGAUGCAACCGCAAAGCCCUUCUGCCGCCCUCGCAAAGCUCUCCAGAUGAGGGCGAGAACGAUAGCUGGAUGCCUGUCGCUGCGCGGAGUUGGGUCGUUAAAGAACUGCUUGAAGCUGUGGACAGAUGUGUAUGGAUGGAUCGGUCGAUGGACAGGGGAUGGUUGGGCGAGAGACUGUCAAGGAGACAAUAA